AUGGUAUACUCUGGCCAUCCAUCCAGAGGAUGUCAGAUGUGUAGAACCAGGCGAAUCAAGUGCGACGAAACGAAGCCGACAUGCAAUCAGUGUGCUAAAUCUCGGCGGACAUGUCCUGGAUACAAAGACGAAUUUGACUUGGUCUUUCGCAACGAGACAGAGGCUACGGAGCGUAGAGCCCGUAAAGCAAACAGCAAAGCCUUGGCACUCAAGACCGGAAAAGAGACCUACAGCAAGACGCCAGAGUUAAAGACUCCGACCCGGUCAGCCAAAUCAAGUACUGAGACAAGUCCCACGCUGGCGCCGACUCAGUCAAUCGACGAACGGACUGCUCACCACUUCGUCUCAAAUUAUGUCUUGGUCCCACCACAAGGAACUCAACGAGGGUAUUUCGAGUUUGUAAUCCCGCUUAUCAAGGCCGAGAACCCUUCUCCUCACUUCAAGCUGGCCUUUGAAGCAUGUGCACUUGCUUACUUUAGCAACCGAAUGAAAAACGCGACACAUUUGGAGAAAGAUGCUCUUUCCAAGUACGUACAGGCUCUGGCUACGACUGGGCGAGCCAUCCGGGAUCCUUUCGAGUCCAAGCAAGAUGCCACUAUCGCGGCUGUUCUGCUCCUCAGUCUAUUCGAGAAUAUUACUUCUCGACAUUUUGGUAUGCUUGCAUGGAGCACUCAUACCGAAGGCGCCAUUCAACUUGUCCAAAACCGGGGCCGAGAGCAGCUUACGACCAAGGUUGGGCGAGAUAUUUUUGUUACGGUCCGAACCCAGCAGAUCAUCCACUCUUUCAGCUCUGGUCAGCCCGCCGCGCGCGAUGUCAACUUUUGGAUCCAAGACGCAACCAAAGACCCAUUUGCAACUGACUUACAGCGACUUACGUUGCAAAUUAGUGAGCUGAAGACGGAAGCCAACAAGCUCCUCGUUUCAUUGCACCACUCUCCCCAAAACGUUGCAAAAAUUAUGCAAAUUAUGCGCAAAUGUCAAAUUAAGGACCAGGAGCUGCUACAGUGGUCUAAUAAUAUCCCUGACAGCUACCAAGGCAAAACUGUGACUUGGGUUAACGACCUGCCGGAUGGUGACUACUCAAAAGCGGAAGUGUAUCCUGGCCGAGUUGAUGCCUUCCAAGACCUCUGGGUAACGACAGUUUGGGUUACAAUGCGAUGCUCAAGACUUGUUCUUGCUUCCAUAAUUGUAAGAGCCGCAGCCUGGGUCUGCUCUCCAACAGACUACCGCACUACCUCUGAAUACGCAAUCUGGUCCAACACAUGUACCAACAUCAUCUCCGACCUUUGUGCGGCUAUCCCAUACCAGCUGGGGUGGUUCAAAUCACGCCAAGAGCUCCUCGAACGCUCAGAUCUCACCAGCUAUGGGUGCGGUAAUGAGGCAGACGCAAAAGGCCUCUCUGGCUACUUCGUUACUUGGCCUCUGAGCUGCAUCAUUACACAAGACUAUUCAACAGCGGGUCAGAGAGAAUGGGCAAAGGGGAGACUUGAGCAUAUUGCAUCUGAGCUCGGCGUUAGAUACGCCAAGAUGUUGACCCAUGUGAAUGUUCGAGUGCCUUCAAUGCUUAUCAAGCGAGACUCAAUGGCCGCGAGUGGCUCGGUUGAUACCUCUGCAGUUGACUUCGAAAAAAUCCUUUCGAACCGGAUUGUGCCUCCGUCCGGGCUCACUGUUGAGUCUCCGCCCGGACGAGGUCAAACGAGAAUGGCAUUGUUUGAAGAGCAGCAAAGAGUGGCUAUGGAAGCUGCCUUGGCAACUUACAGAUUCUCGGAUGACGGUGCCCGUUAG